GAGGCGCGUGCCGCAUAACUUGAUUCAAAUCGGAUGCUUCUCGGUAACUGCUACUUUUUGUAAACUACUAAAAAAACAGUUUUACAGUCAGUGAUGUUUGUCCUGUAUAUGCAAAAUCAAUAGCUUUUGAUAUGUGAUAUAAAAUGAGCUGUGCCACUGUGUAUCCGUGAGUUUAUAACAUAAGAGACACCGGCGUCCGACAUGUGUUUUGAUGGACUUUAUGAGCACCUGCGAUUCUUUAUUUGGGGUCCUGAGCCCUGCAACUGAACUCCUGCGCUGCUGAGACGACUGUGUGUGGCUCUGACGACUCCAGUUGAAAAGGCACGAGUUUAUCUUCUUGACAUCCUUUGCAAAACUUCUCAUGAACAACAUGGUCUCGUGGUCAGAUGUGAUUAAAUGAGUCCCUCACUCAGGUGCGGGGAAGCUCCAAAACUAAUUCCUAACUCGCUCUUGGCAACACCUCCAUGCAUCAUGCAUGCAAUAAAAGUAAUAUGAGCUGACUGCUAAUGUUAAGACAAUAUGUUUUCUGAAGAGGCUAAUUUGAGUUCUGCCUUCAAUGGGACCGAUGAGGACUUGCUGUCUGCGGUGGAUCAGGACUGGAGCGACACUCCAGCUGAGAGACUAUCACGGACGGGUCAUAAUGUGGUCGCCGUUAUUUUGGGAUCUAUCAUGAUAUUCGGCAUCCUGAACAAUUGCAUCGUGCUCGUUCUCUUUUGUAAAUUCAAGACUCUGCGGACUCCAGUGAACAUGCUCCUGCUCAACAUCAGUGUGAGUGACAUGCUCGUGUGUGUGUUCGGCACCACGCUCAGCUUCGCGGCCAGUAUCCGCGGCCGGUGGCUGGUGGGGAGACACGGGUGCAUGUGGUAUGGGUUCGUCAACUCCUGUUUUGGGAUUGUAUCAUUGAUCUCUCUGGCAAUCCUUUCAUACGAUCGUUAUAGCACUUUAACGGUUUACAACAAGAGGGCCCCAGACUACAGUAAGCCCUUGUUGGCUGUUGGGGGCUCCUGGCUCUACUCCCUGUUCUGGACAGUCCCCCCCCUGCUGGGUUGGAGUAACUAUGGACUGGAAGGGGCAGGCACCAGCUGCUCGGUCACAUGGACCGCCAACACCCCACAAUCUCAUUCCUAUAUCAUCUGUCUGUUCAUUUUCUGUUUGGGAAUUCCUGUGCUGGUCAUGAUCUACUGCUACAGCCGGCUCCUCUAUGCUGUCAAACAGGUAGGGCACAUCCGGAAGACUGCAGCCCGGAGAAGAGAGUACCACAUUUUAUUUAUGGUCAUCACCACAGUGGUGUGCUACUUAGUGUGCUGGAUGCCAUACGGGGUAGUUGCAAUGAUGGCCACGUUUGGACGUCCGGGCAUCAUCACACCCAUUGCGAGCGUGGUGCCUUCCCUCCUAGCCAAAAGCAGCACAGUCAUCAACCCUCUAAUUUACAUUCUUAUGAACAAACAGUUCUACAGGUGUUUCCUCAUCCUGUUUCAUUGCAAACACAGCUCUCUAGAGAACGGACACUCUUCCAUGCCUUCAAGAACUACAGUCAUUCAGCUCAACCGUAGGGUUUAUCGCAAUACUGUGGCUGGCACCGCACCCCCUUCCAGUGGUCUCAACCAACAUGAGUGCAGCAUCCCCGGAUCAGAAUGAACCAAUCCACCCAAAAUCACAUCCUUAUUUUCCAACUCCAAAUUUGAGUAAUUUCCCAAGCGAUGACAAAAGUAACCCAUGUAGUGUUGUUGAGUGCCUAACCAUCAAAGCAGAAACGCUGAACUGUUGCUCGAUCCCCAAUGUGAUCUCUACAGUCACUUUCAUUCUGUUAGUCCUGUGAUGGCAAAGUGUAGUCUGACUCGUGACACAUACAUUGCUCAUUUUCAGUCAGUAUUUGUAUUUGUGUGAGCCUAGAAUGGUUCCUGGACUGGUGCAACCUUCUCAAUAUAAAUGUUACAAAAUGCAAGGCUUUGCAAAGUGCAAACAGCCAAUGGUGACUCGUGACUAUGGGUAUGUUUGGGUUGUGUGCAGGUUUACAUUACUUGUUCCCAAACCAUUUAAACAUGGACUUAUACUGACACCUAGCGGCGUGGAUGUAACAUCUAAAAUAAUCACACUCAAAUCCCUUUAAAAGCUCCACAAAACAAUUGCCAUUUCUACAUUGGAACAUAUGUUAUCUGUUGUUGUAGUACCCUGUAAGUAGGAGCAAUAUUGGACUUUGCCUUUAAGAGCAGCACUGAUGUUUGGUGGGUUUAGGAAUGUUGAUCCUCUGAGAGCAUCAACUUGUAUUCACAGCACUGAUGUGCACAAGCCUUGAUUAUAUGUGAAUCAAACAUGCAAAUAAAGCAACUACCCAAAAACUCACUGCCAUAACAUUUGUUAUUUCCCUGUGUGUCUGUGGGAGUUGCAACACACCAAACAAUGUCUUAUUCACUAACAAUCCCAAUCCAGUUUAUCUAGGCACUAAACGCGCUGAUAUAGUGCUGAGUAUUUAAAUGAACUGGUCGUCAAUCCUUUGACCACAAACAUGCCUCCUUUAUUUAUAAAUCAGGCUUACUAUAGGUUGAGCUAAAUUCACAAAUCUCAUUCCCAACCUCGAUAACCUAGCACUCAGAACCAACCCACAAGUUAGGGAAAUGCCCCAUGCAAAUUGCAUCCAGCACUAUAUAUGUGGGUGUGUUUGUGGUGUAACCUGAUUUGCAUAAUUCUGCUAGUGAAUCGGGUGCCUAAACAAUGCAUACAGCAAGUGCUGUAAAAUGUUAUGAGCGGACACAAUUUAUUUGUAGUGAACUUCCCCCUGUGAUUUUUAAGAUCAAGCUUAAUUCGCUCAUUAAGAUUCAGAAAUUAACUUGCAAGGGAGACAACAAGGAACAGAGUGUGUGUGUGUGUGUGCGUGCGUGCGUGUGUGUGUGUGUGUGUGUGCGCGCGCGCGUGAGU